AUGAAUAUUUUCUAUGCUUGUGUUGUCAUGAUGGUUGCCUUGUGCACAUCGCUGCUGACCACAUUUGUGGAGUGGAUAUUUGUUUAUCGGAAGAGUGAAUAUCAAGAAUUACAAGAUGAUAUUGACCAAAUUCAAAAGAGAAUUGAUAAAAUUAAGAAGGAAACCAUUGUGGUUCAUAAAGGAGGAAGUAUUAAUAACUCCAAAGAAGACCAAAAGGCUAUCAAGAGAAAGAAGGAUAACUUGACAAGAGAAAAGGAGCAACUCCGAGCUAAAAAUCAAGAGUUAUCCAUGUUUAAGAUGAAGAGUACCAUUAUUGUUGGUAUCAUCAUGAUUAGUGUUUUUGGAUUGUUGAACAAUGUCUUUGAUGGUAGAAUUGUAGCCAAGUUGCCUUUUGAGCCAUUCUCAAUUUUCCACAUGUUUACACACAGAAACAUUCCUGGAAGUGACUUUAGGGAUUGUGGAAUGUUAUUCAUUUACAUUUUGGCAAGCAAUAGCUUCAAGACGAGCAUUCAAAAAUUCUUUGGUUUUGUUGACAAGUCUCAAUCCAUGUUCCAAAUGCCAGAAGUUGAAGAAGAUGAGCAAUAA